AUGGCUGACCGGGCCGCUCAGCUUGAGGCUUGUAAAGCUGCUGCAAGCAACUACCGCUCCCAGCUUCAGACAGCCGCUACCAAAGAUGAGGCGCUCACCCUGGCCAUCAGUGUGGCUGAGAAUCUAAUGAAAGCGCUCAAACUGUCGUCGAAUCCAGACGAAAAGAAACAAAUUAAGGCCCAAUGCGGAGAGAUGAUGAAUGUUGCCGAUCGCAUCAAGAAAACAGAAACAUGGACACCCUUAGUCGCACCACAGCCCUCAAAUGCAAGAGACGAGCGGUUCGGUCGGUGGGCUGCCCAGGUCGCUGGAAGUACGACUCCCGGUAUAGCCUUUGGAGACUCUACUACUCGUUCGAACACAUCACGUGGUGAUCUUUCUUCAACUACAGGGCCUGUCAGCGGUCCAGCAGCUUCAGGUAAAUCGUCAGCUUCUUCUUCAUCAGCAUUCAUUCAUCAUUCAGAUGUUUCUUCAACAGUUCCUUCUAUCAAGCAAGCUAUCUAUGAAGAUUCCAUGCCACUUAUCGAUCUUUCGGAUGAUCCUGUUCCAGUCGACACACCAAGCGCAAUCACUGAUGUAUGGCACGAAGAUAGCUCAAACGCCAAGAUUGGCCACGAUCACCACACAAAAGACAUUCACAAUGUGGAACUAGAUCCAUCUGCGACGCCACACUUCCCUGUUCCACAGCCUCAGCCGAAGGCACCUGCUCCGCAAGCAGCGGACCUAACACCAUCGACUGUACCCCACGCUCAGAUACACAGGCUACGGGAGCCAGUUUCAAGCAGGAAGUUGCCCGCAAAAGAGAGCAUCAUCUUAUUGAAGGCUUCCAUAGUCAAUGGCUUCAAGUUUCCGCCUUGGGACAAAAUGCCAUCUGCACAUGAAUUUACAUCGGAAGAGGGCGUGGCUCCCUACACGGACACCCGGGAUCUGAGUCUAUCGCCAUACCAGCAGCAAUUCUUCUUGGGUUGGCUACGCGCCAAAGAUGCUGUCCCGCCGCCCUCGCAGUUCCCUAAUGGCAGGGCUGGCAUCGGGCCUUUGAUGUCCAGCACGAGGCCUCUAGAUCUUGUACAGGAUGCAGCUUCGGAUUGCUCAGUGGUUACGAGCUUAUGUGCUGGUAUUGCUCGCUCUGAACGGGGUCACGACGAGAUGCUCACGAACAAGAUAUACCCAUACGAUAAGCACCUUGGAAAGCCAGUAGUCUCAUCUAACGGCAAGUAUAUUGUACGGCUUAAUUUCAAUGGUUGUUGGAGAAAGGUGGUCAUCGACGACAGGUUACCGGUAUCGAGUACCCAUCGGCUGCUGCAUGUCAUCGAUCGCCGCAAUCCAGCGCUCUUGUGGCCGGCAUUACUCGAAAAAGCAUAUCUCAAGGUCCGCGGUGGCUACGAUUUCCCUGGAAGCAGUUCAUGCAGUGAUCUUUGGGCGAUGACCGGCUGGAUACCAGAACAAGUGUUUUUGCAAGAGGCAGAUACAGUUCCAGAGCAGCUAUGGAAGCGUAUAUACAACGCUUUCAUGUAUGGCGAUGUUCUGGUUACUGCAGGUACUGGGAAGAUGUCGACUAGACAGGAGCGCGAACUCGGUCUUGAAGGCCAACACAGCUACGUCGUGCUGGAUAUGAAAGAGACGGAUCAUGACCGACUGUUGCUCAUCAAGAACCCUUGGGUCGAAGGCAAGGGUUGGCGUGGCCCUCGUCCUUCGGCUGUAACGGCCAUGGAUGCGUCUGCGUCUAUCUCCAGUGGUGGCUCUAGUAACAGCCUCGAGAGCUAUCACAGGGACAGUGUUCCGACUCAGGAUCGACCGCACCCAACGACGUUCUGGAUCGGGCUUGAGCAGGUCAUACAGCACUUCGAGAGCCUGUACCUGAACUGGAACCCUGGCCUAUUCCAGUAUCGACAGGAUAUUCAUUUUGAAUGGAAUGUGGAGUCGUCGCCAGGCGGUUGCCUCGUUAAGCAUCCACAAUUCGCCUUUGCUUCUAAACACACCGGCCCCGUGUGGUUUCUCCUUAGUCGCCAUUUCCGAGACACGACAGCAAUUACCAAGGAAGAGUCAGAUGCAUUCAACGACGGGAGUAUCCGCCCUGACUCUCAAGUCAACUCUAACGGAGAUGCACCAAAGGGAUACAUGAGUAUAUCUAUCUGUAAUGGCCAGGGAGAACGACUAUAUAUGAAAGAUACUUACCUAGAGUCGAGCGACUACGUCACAACACCGCAGUGUCUUCUUCGCUGUGACACAGAUGCGCACUCGACCUAUACAGUGGUGAUUGAUCAAGAUGACUUGCCUCCAUCACUGUACAGCUUCUCCCUGUCAGCAUUCGCAAAUUCGCCAAUCACACUGGAACAGGCAGCGCAGCGGUACCCCCUCCAGAAGAUGGAGGAAGGCGCCUGGACGAGGCAGACGGCUGGCGGCGGCACAGACUCGUCGAAAUAUUUUGAUAAUCCUCAGUAUUCGCUCACCGUUCGGGAAUGUGGUUCACUAGCCAUCCUGCUCACGAGUACGAACCACGAGCAUCCCUUACAUGUCAAGCUUGCGCUGGGACACGGAAAGAGAUUAUAUCGUCUCCAGAGUCGCGAUGUACUGGCAGACUCGGGCGAUCACCGCAGUGGAUGUGUCUUAGCGGAGAUUAAGGACCUUCAGCCGGGCUCCUACACAAUCAUUUGCUCGUUGUUUGAAGCUGGUCUGACUGGCGACUACCAACUCCGAGUUGACAGCACGAGCGAGGUAGUUUUGAAGCAAGUCCCACGCGAUGGAGCAGGUCUCCUUUCAAUGAAGCUCACUCCGGCCUGCUUCGGUGCCAACAUACAUAAAAUUGCCGCGCCGUUGUGGCCUAUGCGCUUGGCUUCGUAUACCAUCAUCGCCAGAUUCGCCAAGGCAACAAGUCCUCGUGCUAUGGAUUUGGGCAAGCUAGCGCGCAGCCCGCUUCGACUGAGUGUUGAAAUUGGUCGGGGCCCAGAGCGCAAGUUCAUCAUCGCGAGCGAACAAGGAGAGUACUCGGAUACUGCCACAGUUCGGUCCGAGAGUGUGAACAUUGAUCCGAAGCUCACGACGCAAGGCGAUCUAUGGCUUGUGUUGGAUAGGUUGUCAGGCUCUGGUGGACCAGUAGAAGAAUGGUACGAAGUAGAAAUAUACACGGACACGCCCAAGGCAUGUGAAAUUGGAGUCUGGCGGGAGUGGGACGACUGA